AUGGAUUCUCCUGUUUUUAAGGAUAAAUUACGAAGAGUGAGUCAAAGUAUGAAAUGAUUCUGGAUGAUGGGAUUUAAGAAGUUUUGUUUACUUCUCCCCAGUUCCCCAUCUUUGUCACUUGAUGUAUUUAAUAAAAAAGUACACAAAAAAUAUUUGAAAUAUGUCUUCAAUUUUAUAUUUAUUGAUCUUGGCUUAACUUUAAGCUAAAAUGGCUGGAUAUUGGAGAUUAUAUAGCAGUAUUUAUAUUUCUGUCUGUCUAGGUGUUUUGGCUGCAGCGAAUGGACAAAAUCCAAUGACCAGCUCACCUAUGUCGUCGAUUAUAUAUUUUUACAAUAAAUCUUCAAAUGUCAGGUAAUGCUUAUUAUUGUUAAAUAAGUCUGAUAAAGAUUAGGUUUUAAUCUACAGUAUUUUGAUUUCACAAUGAGGGAUUUAUAAUUCAUAAUAUUUCGCUUUAUAUAAUUUUUGUAUUUUUAUUUGAAAGCGUUUAUAUAUUAUUGCAAAAAAUACAAGACGCACUUAUAAAGCACUUAACGACGUGGCAAGAACGUGUUAAUAAUACUGUGACUAAAAAUAAUUGCUUAUUUCCUGUAGUUUAUCAGUGUGUCUCAGACAGGAACGGUUUACAAGAAAAUAGUGUACUUGAGAAAUUGAUAUGCCUGACUACACACAAGUUAAAUCUGGUCAAAAAGGUCAAACCGUAAAUCUAGUCUGUGCAUGAUAUGUCCUUUGUAGGCCCUUUCAAGUAGGUCAAACAUUGAGUGAAUGCAUGCCAUGGAGAACAGCAGUAUUUUCAAAACAAUGAAAAGACAAUGCAGGCCCUGUAUGGAAUGACAUUUUUUGUGCACCGCCCGCACAUUUGCCAAAAUGUGCACCAAAAUACUAGUAAAUAUAUUAGCAGGAGCAACGUUGUGCACGGCACAUGUGCCGUGCACACCACUUACAUUCCAUACUGGAUGCAGGCUGCCUUAGCCAGAGGUUUCGUAUGUAUAUAUAUUGGUAUAUAUAGAGGAUAUUACAUGGCGGCACAAAGAUAUGACUUUUAUCUUCGAGUGGUGAAAACAAUAUUUUACGAAUGAGCACAGCGAGUGAGUGAAAUAUUGUUUUUAAUACGAGAAGAAAAAAGUCAUAUCUUCAAGCCACCGUGUAAUGUUCUGUUUAUUAUAUAGUCCCAAGCAAAAAAUGUGAAAUUUCACGCUCUAAAGCAAAUUGUCACGUGAUCGAUAUCUUCACUAGUGAAGAUAUGGAUAUCUUCACUAGUGAAGAUAUGGAAAAUAUCUCACUGUGUAGUUUUCAGUAUCUCACUCUCUAAUAUAUAAUAAACCAUUUUACAUUUGUUAUACAGAAUUUUAUUUUAAAAUAGUUGAAAUACAGGUAUCGUAGUGUGGAAUUUUGGGUAUACUGGUAUAUUGAGCCAGUGUUAUGGAGUAUAUUGGUAUUCUGGCUGAGCCUAACGAUGGAAUAUUCCAAUCACUGAAUGGUUAUUAGACCUGCCAAUUCACCCAAAUCUUUCAACUGGUGACACCUGAUUUUUUAACAAAUCUCCAGAUCACUGUUCUAUUGUCAAUAUAUUCUUUAUAUUAAAUCUUUGCAGUUGUUGAUUAGGUUGCAUUUGCCAAUUUCAACAUUGUUUUCCUCAUGGGAUUUCAGACAUCCUCAUAUAUAUUUUAUUUCAUAAUCACAGUAAUAACCAUCCUAUACAGUAUGUCACCAUGUUAACAAAGUUCAUUUAUUUCAGUAAUGGUACCACUCAGCCACCAGUAAUAACCACCCUACGCGCCACCACUGUAACAACGACAGAAGAAGCACCAGCAUCAGCAGAGGAGGAACAUGAGAAGUCGAUGGAAAUAUUUUUCAUUUUGUUAGUUGUUGGUAAAUAUCCUGGAUUUUUAUUUUGCUUUUCUGAGCGACUUUACUAGAUAUUAUUCCAGUUAUGUCUUCAGGUCAGUCAUGGCGUCGUGUACGCACAGCGUACCUAUUUUUAAUUAUUACCAGAGGUAUUAUUGUAGGUAUGCAUGUUCAUCAUUGGCAACAUCAUGUACGCACAGCGUACCUAUUUUUAAUACUAUUAACUUAUUACUUAGGGCCUGUUGUUCAAAGAUUGGUUAGUGUUAACCCUGGGUUAAAAUUUAACCCGCUGUUUUGGUUUGUUUAUUUCUGCAUGUCUGUUUAUUUCUAAACUCCAGGGAAAUAAACUCCUAUGAUCCAGCCAAGAUUGCUGAAGAAAUAUUUCCAAAUUUAUAGACAAGCUGUCAGGAAGUUUGCUUUAAACUUUAGGUUAACAUAAGUUUAAGCUAAUCAGCUUUUGAACCAACUGCCCCAGGUUUAUAUCCAACAUCAUGUACGCAUAUCGUACCUAUUUUUAUUAUUAUUUGUACUUUUCUAGGCUUGUGUAUUUUUGUGAUCUACUUUCUUAUCAAACAUCGCUUUCAUUACCUUCCUGAGAGUGUUGCCGUUGUUUUCUUAGGUAUGGUUACAUUUUUUCUCAACCAGUUUGUUGGUUCAUCUAUCAGCCAGUCCAUCGGUCAGCCACAUUAGUUGGUCGGUCAGCAAGCCUUGCCCUGACUCAAAAACAAAUGCACUUGACAAAUAGCGCAUCUCUGUGACCCAACAGACGCUUCCAGAAAGUACGUCACCUUCGCAAUAAAGCAUCGUUUUCGUGGUUGAGAUGUUGGGCUUUAAUUGAUAUCACACGCACGAAAACGAGGUUCUAUAGCCAAAGAGAGAUACUUCAGCUCCGGAAGGGUGUAUUACGACGCUUUUCUCGCGCACCUACUAAAUUAGAAUGAAUGACACAUUUGUUUUUGCAAUAGUAACAUUUAUUGCCCAGGUUUCAAAUAAGGUUUAAAUUAGUUUCUUCAUCGUGAAAAAAGACGCUUGACAAAACGCGUGGAUACAUGUUUCGAGACGCGCGCAAGGGCGCGCUCGACAGACAGAACGCAAUUCUGAGCAAGGCCUGUCAAUAGUUAGUCAGUAAGUCAAACAGACCGUCAUUCGGGCAGUCAUUUGGGCAGUCAGCAAGUUUGUCAAUGAAUGAGUCACACAGUUACUUCAUGACAAUUUUGCUUUAGGUGCAUUGGUGGGUCUGAUCACGAAAUUUUUGACUCAUUUUAAUGUUGGAAAUUGGAGGGUGAGUAAAUACAUAGUACAUGUGAAAAACAUCACUGAAUCAUUCAUUCAUUAUCAACGUGGUUUCAAUCAAAUGAUCUAUUUUCUAGCAAGAAGAAGAGUUGGAUCCUACAAUAUUCUUUCUCAUUCUUCUGCCACCAAUUAUUUUUGAAUCUGGUUACUCCCUUCAUAAGGUAUACGUACGCCAUUCUCUUGGAAAGCGAUUGUAGUUUCAAUGUUUGUAGUAUUUUUGUAGCUACAUUAAUUCACAAUUUUUCACUGUGUAUAGGGUAAUUUCUUUGCGAACAUUGGGACCAUUUUAUUAUUUGCCGUGUUUGGUACAGCUAUCUCAGCUACAGUUGUGGGUGGUGGCGUUUAUGUCCUUGGCCAGGUAUGAUAUUCACGUGUUCUGAUUGCCAACACGAUGAGCCAGACACACAGCUGUAGGCUAAGGAUCGUCUAACAUAAAUCGUCAGACUUUUUACCUCCCUGUCCACACAAACUGAGCUAGGAGAGCGGAGAUACGACGUUUUGGUGCACAGUUGGUUGACUAUACAACAUUUAUGACUUGUUAUGCUGUUGUUUUAGGCUGGGAUUGUCUUUAAACUCAGCGUGGUAGAAAG